AUGAAGCACCUGGCCGCAUACCUCCUUCUCGGCCUCGCCGGCAACAACUCUCCCUCUGCCAAGGACAUCAAGAACGUCCUCUCGGCCGUCGGGAUCGAGGCUGACGACGACCGCCUGAAGACUCUCCUCUCCGAGCUUGAGGGCAAGGACAUCGCCGAGCUCAUCGCCGCCGGUUCCCAGAAGCUCGCUUCCGUUCCCUCUGGCGGUGCUGGCGGUGCCGCCGCUGCUGGUGGCGCUGCCGCGGCCGGUGGUGCCGCCGAGAAGGCUGAGGAGAAGAAGGAGGAGGAGAAGGAGGAGUCCGAUGAGGACAUGGGCUUCGGUCUGUUCGACUGA